AAAUGAAGAAAGAAAAAAAAGUGUCUCACUCAAUAAGCCAAAAAAAAUACUACAAUUUCCUUAUUAUUUUUAUUUUUCAUUCUAACUACUUACUUACUACCAUUAUAAUAAAUGCCUUUCCUUUUCUAUCUCAUUAUUAUUUAUUUAACCAGCUCAGCACCCCAAUUGCCAAUUCUUUUCUCUGAGCUCAGCGCGUGGCUCUCACACCGACACAAGGCCCUAUCGUUUUCAAUUUUUUUUUUAAUUUUAUUAAUUAUUUUUUUCCCGGUUAAAUAACCCUCGAAAAUCCAGUCCAGAAAACUGAAGAAGAGCUUUCUCUCUCUAUAAACACCAUUCGUUUAUUUUAUUUUUCCGGCCGUGGACUUUCUCUCUCUAGAAUCCUCGGUGACUCGGACCGAGUUUUGGAAUAGUUUCACUCAGUCGUUUCUUUGACCGAUUCUUUUUCAAUGGAAGUUGUUCAACAAUCUCAGUCGCUCUCGAGCUUCGAGCUCCAGUCAAAGUCUUCUCCGCCAUUCCCAUACUCACUCGGGGACUUGAGCAUUUCCUCCUCCGACUCUCGUUCCCUAGGCUUUCUCAGCCCUAGAAUGUCUGCCUCAGAAUCUCCUUUGACUGUCCAUGAUCAGCAUGUUACUUCAAAUGGCAGCGAGGCUCCUGUAGUCGACGGCGAUUCGACGACGCGUGAGGAGUCAGCUAGUGCUGCGGUGAAACUUCAGAAGGUUUAUAGGGGUUAUCGCAUACGGCGUAGGUUAGCGGACACUGCCGUUGUGGCGGAAGAGCUCUGGUGGCAAGCUUUGGACUACGUUAGACUGAAUCACAGUACGAUUUCGUUCUUCAAUUUCUCAAAACCUGAAACCGCUGCUGAAAGGUGGAAUCGUGUUAGCUUAAAUGCUUCUAAGGUGGGAAAGGGUUUGUCUAAAGACGCCAAAGCACAAAAACUGGCUUUCCAACAUUGGAUUGAAGCUAUUGAUCCAAGGCAUAGGUAUGGUCAUAGCUUGCAUCUGUACUACAAGGAGUGGUGUAAAGCAGAUGCUGGUCAGCCAUUCUUUUACUGGUUGGACAUAGGAGAUGGUAAAGAGAUUGACCUCGAAAAAUGUCCUAGAUCAAAGCUUAGGCAACAAUGCAUCAAAUAUCUUGGACCUCAAGAGAGAGAACAUUACGAAUACAUUGUUGUGGAGGGAAAGAUUAUUCACAAACAAACUGGAGAGCUCCUUGAUACAAAAGAAGGACAGGAAGGGGCCAAGUGGAUAUUUGUUAUGAGCACCUUUAAGCAACUGUAUGCUGGCGAGAAAAAGAAAGGGGUAUUUCAUCAUUCUAGCUUCUUGGCUGGGGGGGCUACCUUAGCUGCAGGGAGACUAGAAGCAGAGCUUGGGACGCUGAAGUCCAUUUCUGCAUAUAGUGGCCACUAUCGACCAACAGAUGAUCGUUUGGACACCUUCUUAUCAAUUCUCAAAGAAAAUGGAGUGAACCUUAAUGAAGUCCAGAUACGCAAGGCAAAUGAAGAUUCAGAUACAUAUGACGAGAGCAAGGUGAGGACAGCUGGGACUGUGCUCGAUAAUUUAACAGCCUCUGAAACUGCCGAGGUCAAAGCUCCAGAAGAACCACAGAGUACCUCAUCACCUCAAUCUACCAAACCUUCCCAGAUUGAAACAAAAAGCAAUUACAAGAGGACAUUAUCUGGUGGUCUUCAGAGUCCAAGAGCUGAGGUUCCAAAAGCCAAAUUAUUGGAAAGAAUUAAUUCAAAGAAGGCAGCCAAAUCUUAUCAGUUAGGGAAUCAGCUCUCACUAAAAUGGUCAACCGGAGCUGGCCCAAGAAUCGGUUGUGUUGCAGACUACCCUGUAGAAGUGAGAGUACAAGCCCUGGAGUUUGUUAACCUGUCUCCCAGAACUCCCCCAACACCAUCAGCAUUCAGGCGAGCAGCCGGUCUUGUAUCGCCCAAAGAGUCUGAAUGUUGAAGAUGGAACCUCUGUUAAUUGAACUUCAAGCAGUGAAGGUCAAUUUUGUUGCAUCUUUCUUUAUAAGUUCUAGAAAGAAUGUAAAUAUGUCUUAGCUAUUUUCCUUUUAUGUCAAUCUCAAUUUUCAGUAGAAUGGUCAGAAAGAAGUUUAGGGUGCUAUGUCGUUUUUCAGCCAUUAAAUAACUUAGCUAAAAUAAUGUAUAUGAUGGAGCGAGUUGUAGGGGCUACAAAUUAAAAGAAAUUAAAAAUAUAUGCUUGUGCUC